AUUUCAUCGUCUCAAACCCUGUGCGCUGCGUGAGAGAGUAUAGCUGCUGUAGCUCGAAAACCGGCGCCGAACAACAACCAUCAUCAUGGCGGACAAGGCAGUCACCAUCCGAACCAGGAAGUUCAUGACCAACAGGCUUCUCUCAAGGAAGCAAUUUGUCAUUGAUGUUCUUCAUCCUGGAAGGGCAAAUGUUUCCAAGGCUGAGCUUAAGGAGAAGCUUGCAAGAAUCUAUGAUGUGAAGGACCCAAACACUGUUUUCGUCUUCAAGUUCAGAACUCAUUUUGGUGGUGGCAAGUCUACCGGUUUUGGUUUGAUCUAUGAUUCUGUUGAGAAUGCUAAGAAAUAUGAACCAAAAUACAGACUUAUCAGGAACGGACUUGAUACUAAGGUUGAAAAGUCUAGGAAACAAAUGAAGGAAAGAAAGAACAGAUCAAAGAAGAUUCGUGGUGUAAAGAAGACCAAGGCUGGCGAUGCUGCCAAGGGAGGAAAGAAGAAAUAAUUUUUCAGCCAUUUUGUUAUGAUGAUAUUAAAAGGUUAUUUUGUUUUUGGUAUUUUCUUAAGGCUAUCUAUAGUCUUUGUAGCUUUCUAGAAUGGAGGAUUUUGCUGUAAUUGUCUUUCGUACUUUUAUUGAUGUUCACUUAUGUGUUUGAGACCCAGCAGUGACCAAUUUUGAGAAUUCAGUUGAACAUUUAAGUUGCUUUUAAUUAGUUAAUUGAUUGUGAUACUUAA